UAACAAUUAAACACGUUUCUAAACAAAUCCCAACGUGUAUAAGAAGUUACAGAAUCCUAAUCCACAAUAUCAGCAGAGCGAGUUUUAUUCGAUUACAAACACUAUCUGCUCUCUAUAAAUACCAGCGGUAUGCGUUCACUUUUGGCAUAAAAAGUUGGCAAUUCUCAGUAUUCACUCAAUUCAAUUCGCAUUAAUUCUCGUGUUAGGUUUUAGAGAGAGAGAGAGAGAUGGAGCUUGAUUUGACACCACAGUUGGCGAAGAAGCUGUACGGAGGAGAUGGUGGCGCGUACUACGCGUGGUGCCCUAACGAGCUUCCCAUGCUCCGCGAAGGCAACAUCGGCGCCGGAAAGCUCGCCCUUGAGAAGAACGGCUUUGCUCUGCCUCGAUACUCCGAUUCUGCUAAGGUUGCUUAUGUGCUUCAAGGCAGCGGAGUGGCAGGUAUAGUCCUCCCCGAAAAGGAAGAAAAGGUGCUCCCAAUCAAGAAGGGAGACGCCAUAGCCCUCCCAUUCGGAGUAGUGACAUGGUGGUACAACAAGGAAGACACAGAGCUAGUCAUCCUCUUCCUCGGCGACACCUCAAAAGCCCACAAAUCUGGCUCCUUCACCGACUUCUUCCUGACCGGCCCCAACGGAAUCUUCACCGGAUUCUCGACGGAGUUUGUCGGCAGGGCAUGGGACUUGGAAGAGAGCACCGUCAAGACACUCGUCAGCAGCCAAUCAGGGAACGGGAUAGUCAAGCUCGACUCCACCUUCAAAAUGCCAGAGCCCAAAAUUGAGCACUACAACGGAAUGGCGUUGAACUGCGAGGAAGCUCCGUUGGAUGUGGAUAUCAAGAAUGGCGGAAAAGUGGUGGUUCUCAACACCAAGAAUCUACCAUUGGUGGGUGAAGUUGGUCUCGGUGCAGAUCUUGUUAGGCUCGACGGAAGUGCAAUGUGCUCUCCAGGUUUCUCGUGUGACUCUGCUCUGCAGGUCACUUACAUUGUAAGGGGAAGCGGCCGUGUGCAAGUUGUUGGUGUAGAUGGGAAACGUGUGCUCGAGACAAGGCUUAAGGCUGGCAAUCUAUUCAUCGUGCCGAGGUUCUUUGUUGUCUCGAAAAUUGCUGAUCCUGAGGGUAUGGAUUGGUUCUCCAUUAUCACUACUCCCAACCCUAUUUUCACUCAUUUGGCCGGAAGGACAUCGGUUUGGAAGGCGCUGUCGCCGGAAGUUCUGCAGGCGGCUUUUAAUGUUCCGGCGGAUGUGGAGGAGAAGUUCACCUCCAAGAGGAAGGCUGAGGAGAUCUUCUUUCCACCACCAAAUUAAUCUAGUUGCUUUGUUUCGAGUUUUAUUUUAUUUUUAGGCUAAAGUAGAAGUUAAGUUGAAUUUAUUUUCAGUUGAUUUUUCGAUUUUACUUUGUUUUUAUUUUAGGACAAAGUAGAAGCACUAUUUCAUUUCAGUUGAUUUAACAAGUUAUAAUAUUUCACAGUGGUUUUUCUUUUUUUA